CAAAAAGGUUUGAGAGAGAAUCUCAGAAUCGGGUUAAAAUUUUCUUGAAGAUCAUUGAACAGCGAAGAUGAUAUGGCUAAUGGUUUCUCAGUCGGGGUUGACCAUGGCCACCAUUUUCUUCUACACCUGCUUUUGGAUCCCAUUUAUGCAGUUGAAGAAAGCUCUGGCUGGAAUAAUUAGUGAUAUUCUUUAUUUCACUGACAUUUACAAGCCGGAAGAUCAUGCUUGCUGCAAUGUAGACCAGCUAAGUCUUCCUGUGGCUAGAUUCCAGGAUUUGCAGGGUCAUUCUAGUACCGAAAGGAGUGAACGCGUCGCCGAAACCUGCUCAGUCUGCUUGGUUGAGUUUGAGGAUGAAGAUGUGGUGAGCCAAUUGUCAAAGUGCACUCAUGUUUUCCAUGUGGAUUGCCUUGAGAAGUGGAUGGAGAGAAAUCACUUCACUUGUCCACUUUGUAGGUCCUUGUUCUUCAAUGUGAAUACUUGUCAUGUGAAAUGUGAUGAUGAUUUUCUUCCACAUUCAUGGCAAUAUUGAUUAUUUGAGAACUUGAGAUUCAGAAAUAGUUCUUGCUUU